AUGUAUUCUUCUUUGUCGUCGUCAAGUUCAGCUGCCCAGCCGCGAAAUGAGGACAACGUGCCUCCCGAAAUUCCAUCCGCAAUAUCAAAGAGGCUCUACAUUUCCCAUUUUCUUUCGACAUGGAAUUCCAGGGUGUUUGAAUUCGGUGCUAUUUUGUAUCUCGCGACUAUCUACCCAGGAACUCUUAUGCCUAUGUCCAUCUACGCCCUGGCCCGCGCUGCUUCCGCCAUCCUCUUCUCGUCAGCUAUCGGUCGCUACAUUGAUACUGCCAAUCGGCUUCACGUAGUAAGGCUUUCGAUCGUCUUACAGCGGUUGGUGGUGUCUGCGUCUUGCAUUAUAUUUUGGGCCCUCAUAUCUGGUCGGCAUUGGACUCGAAACCUAGGACCAGGCAGUUUGGCGAUAUUGGCUGUCUUCGCCUCCAUUCAGAAGCUUUGUUCUAUAAUGAACCUCGUUUCUGUUGAAAAGGAUUGGGUUGUCGUGAUUGCUGGACAAAAUGAAGUGGCGCUAAGAGCUCUAAAUGCGCAGAUGCGACGGAUUGACUUGAUCUGCAAGCUUGCCGGGCCUUUUGUCAUUGCUAUCAUCCAUGGGUAUUCAGCUCAGGUCGCGGUAUUGGUUAACUUGAGUAUGAAUUUGGCUUCCAUUAUUGUGGAAUAUCACACUAUUGCUAGGGUCUACGCAGUCGUACCUGCGCUACAAGAACCCAAAAUACUCCCACCGAACGACGAAUCUUCGGCAGACCAAAGGGCAAUUGCUCACAACUUCUGGAGUCACUUCAAUGGUGUAUGGUCUACCCUACAUGACUUCAGUGUUUAUUUCCACCACCGAGCGUUUCGUCCGUCGUUUGCAGGUGCUCUCCUCUACUUCACCGUGCUUUCUUUCUCUGGUCAGAUGGUCACAUACCUUCUCUCUGCCGGGUAUAAUUCCGUACACAUCGCAGUCGCUCGCACGCUUUCCGUAGCCUUCGAACUUUCUGCCACCUGGAUUGCACCGAUACUAAUGUCGAAGAUCAACCCAAUACGGACUGGAAUGUGGUUCGUCAACUGGCAGGCAAUGUGCUUGGUAGCUGGAGUCGCUUGUUUUUGGACGGUGCAAAAUCAGUUCGUAGCUGCUUCCGGUCUGGUGGCCGCAACAAUUCUCAGUCGUGUCGGACUUUGGGGAUUCGAUCUUUCCGUUCAAGUUAUGGUUCAACGGGAGGUUGAACCCGAAAUCAGAGGCUCCUUCUCUUCUGUGGAGGCUGCCUGGCAAAACAUGUUUGAACUUUGCGCGUUCACUUCUACUAUCAUUUUCUCCAAGCCGGAACAGUUUCGAUGGCCUGUGGUGAUGAGUCUUGUAGCUGUUUCAACGGCUGGUGUGCUUUAUGCUUCCUUUGUCAGGCUUAGAAGGGGCCAUCUUCUACACCUCCCUCCGUGUAUUGAAAGGAAGACACGUCCAUCCAGAAUGGGCUACGAAACAAUUGGUGAAACCUCGGACGUCUAA